AUGGUAAGAGUAACCAUAUUCACAAUAAGAAUAGUGGUAGAUGGAAAAAAAGAUAAGAAUGUGACAAUGGAUAUAGGUGGUUCUUUGAGUUGUAGUUGCAGGAAGUUUGAAGUGAAGGGCAUACUGUGUCGACAUUGUGUGAAGGUGCUUAGAGAUAUAUUCAAUGCAACAGAACUUCCUCUACAAUAUAUACUCAAACAAUGGACUAAAAAAGCAAGGGCUGAAAGUGUGAAAGAUAGACAUGGGUAUGAAGUGAAGGCUGAUGUGAAACUACAUCAAAGUGACCGAUAUCAGUCAUUAAUGACCAUGUUUAGAGCAAUAGCGAGUAGAGCCGCUGAAAGUGAAGAAACUUAUCAGUUGUCAGUUUCAAAAGGUGAAGAAUUGAGUGUUAUGGUUGAAGACAAAUUAAGUGUCCAUAUUUGUGGUCAAGUGGAGGUAACUGAUUUGAGAAAUUCGUCAAGCAACACAUGCCCACAGAGUGAUGAAGUAGAUUGUCCAAUCCAAGUUGAGUAA